AUGGCCGCCGCGAAUGAAUCGCCGUCGGCAAGCCGCGCGCCGUUUGUUGACGGCAGCGCGCCUUCAUCGUCUAGUCCAUCUAUCGUGAUGACGGAGCAGCAACUGCUGCGACUUGUUCAGUUGCUUCAAAUGCAAUCACCUGCACCUGCGGCUACUUGUGCUUCACCAUCGCCUGCGCUUUCCCAGGGCAACUUUGCCAAGUGCACGGCGCGGUUCGACGGCGCUAAGGAGAGCGACGUUGUAGCGUUUAUUGACGCUAUCGAAGUUUACAAGGAGUGCGUCAGCAUGGAGGACAGCAUUGCCCUGCGUGGACUUCCGAUGCUUUUCACCGGGUUGGCUGCGACCUGGUGGCAAGGUGUGAAAGCUUCGAUCGAGAGUUGGUCGAACGCUAUGGACCUACUGAAGCAAACUUAUGGACCGCGUCUCCCGCCUCACAGAAUUUAUAGAGAGAUUUUCUCCAAAGAACAAGGAGACGAGACUACAGAUAUGUUUGUAUGCAGGGUGAGAGCCCUGAUAGCCCAGCUGCCACCUGGUAGUUUAAAAGAAGACGUACAACUUGAUAUGGUUUACGGGCUAUUGAGUACCAGAAUAAGGGAGAAAAUUCCCCGAAGUGGUUUCAAAUUAUAUGCUGAAUUGUUAUCCCAGGCUCGUCGCCUGGAAGACCUGUUUGAAGAGGGUCGUCCGAGACAGCGCAAGACGGAUGCUGGGGAUGGGCUGUCCCCAGCCAUUCCCCAGAAAUCGGCAAGUCCAUCCACUUCUACGGUUAAGACAAAAUCCCGGUUGUUAUGUGGGUACUGCAAGAGUUACGGCCACGAAAAGGCCGACUGCUCCCGGUUGCGCGAACGGACCCAAACCAAGGUAACGGACGGCACGUCAUCGCCGCCGUCGGUUUCAUCACUCGUGUGCUUUGGUUGUGGCGCGCCAGGCGUCAUACGUGCGAACUGUACGACUUGUCGAGCAUCGUCUACAUCGAGCGCUAUGCCCUUUCAAGCUGUAGCUGCAGUGUCGGCGACGUGUCAACCGCGAAGUCGUCCCGUAAUGCGUGUCGGAAUGUACGGAGAGUACGCACGGCUACUCGUCGAUACCGGUGCUAAACAGUCGAUCGCGAGUGAUAGUUUAAGAAACUUUUUAUGUAAAAAUAAUCAUGUGUUUCACAAAGUUCAUUAUGAUUUUAAAUUCGCCAACGGUGUCACCAAUAGCGAUAUUGUAGAAACGGCAUUGGUUGACGUUACUGUGCAAGGGGUGGUGGUACCAACACAAUUUGUGGUACUCCCAGGCGCGACGGAAUCAUUAUUAGGCAUUAAUUUCGUUAGGGAUGCUGGUAUGGUACUAGAUUUUCGUAGGGAUAUUUGGUCAUUGCGGGAUAAACCGGGGUCAUUUCCAUUAGAAUAUGAAAACGUAGGGACGCGUAUUGUCUGUUCUAUGGUGGACCUAUUACGCGAGGACGAAGCGACGCGCUUAACUGUUGAAGAACGCGUCCAACUUUCGAAUGUCCUAGACAACAAUAGGGACAUUUUCGAGCCAGGGGGAGCCGCUACUUCUUUCGCGGUUCAUCGUAUAGACACAGGUGAUCACCCCCCGAUAUCCGUUCCCCCCUAUCGCGUUACGCCUGCGAAAAAGAAUAUUCUGAAGGAAGAAAUUGACAAGAUGCUACAAGAGGGAAUCAUAGAAGAGGCGGACUCUGAAUGGACCUCUCCUGUAGUACUAGUACCAAAAAAGGACGGGACCGUCAGGUUCUGUGUCGACUACAGAAAACUCAACCACAUCACCCGCGCGGAUAAAUAUCCACUCCCCUUGAUAGACGAGCUGAUACAAUCAACGAAAUGCAACAGCGUGAUGUCAACUAUAGAUCUUAAAUCUGGUUACUGGCAGAUUGAGGUUGCGCCGGAGGACAGGGAUAAAACGGCCUUUGUCUCUCCUUUUGGAACGUUUCGUUUCCGACGGAUGCCUUUCGGGUUGCGCAACGCCCCGUCGACGUUCCAGCGGUUAAUUGACCGCUUCCGCAGUGGCCUUAAGGAUAUGACAGUAGUUUGUUACCUGGACGAUAUUUUAAUCAUAUCAGAUGACCUGCCGACACAUCUUACUCACCUACAACAAGUGUUUGACCGCUUGAGGCUUUUCAACCUUAAGGCGAAUCGCGAAAAGUGUAUCUUUGGCAGGGAGCGCCUAACAUACCUAGGCCAUGUAAUCUCCCCAGCCGGAAUAGAACCAGAUCCGGAUAAGGUAAAAGCCGUGAUGGACAUGAAGCCUCCAUCGAAUCUAAAGGAGCUCAAGACAUUUUUACAGACCUGCGCUUGGUUCCGGAAAUUUAUUCCGCAGUUCUCAGACGUAGCGCGGUGUCUAACAAAUUUGACGAAGAAGGACCAACAUUGGAAGUGGGGAGAGAGCGAGCAUAACGCCUUUGAAGAGCUAAAGUUGCGUCUCUCGUCGAGCCCCAUCCUUCGUCAACCGGACUUUAAUUCACCUUUUAUCCUGCGAACAGAUGCGAGCGCAUACGCAAUUGGAGCCGCUUUGAUGCAAGGGUCCAAUGAUAAGGACGAGCGACCAGUUGAAUACGCGAGCAGGUUAUUAACAUCCGCGGAACGUAAUUACCACACCACGGAGCGGGAGGCGCUCGCAGUUGUGUGGGCGUUAGAUAAAUUCCGGUGUUAUUUGGAAGGUGUUGAAGUUAGGGUAGUUACAGACCACCAACCAUUGAAAUGGUUGCUGUCCAUAAAGACCCCGAGUGGUCGCUUAGCUCGAUGGGCCAUGAAGAUACAGCCCUAUAAUUUGAAUAUUGAGUAUACACCUGGGAAAGUGAACGUGGUAGCGGACACUUUAAGUCGACCCCCUGGGUUCGAUAAUGCCUGUGCAUUUUGUCCGGUGGCAGUAGAUAUGCCACGCAAGACAGCGGAAGAGCUCCGUGCCGCCCAACUAAGCGAUGCAGAGGUAUCCAAAAUUAUUAAGGAUUUUGAAGAAGGAAAUUCGGACGCAUCCGCACAUUGGACGGAUCGUGGUUUUAUAUGGACCAAGGUGUUGUGUGGCGAGCUAAUAGCUCUGACAAAAUCGACGAUCCUAAACUAG